GAGUACUAGAAAGGGGGGAAAGACGCUUUUUGCAGAUAAUUUACAUAUUUUUAUAUAGAAUACGCAGGGACUCAGAAGCAGUUCCAAUGAACAUGUCAGUGUUGACUUUGCAAGAAUAUGAAUUUGAAAAGCAAUUCAACGAGAAUGAAGCCAUCCAGUGGAUGCAAGAGAACUGGAAGAAAUCAUUCUUGUUUUCAGCUCUGUAUGCUGCCUUUAUAUUUGGCGGUCGGCACCUAAUGAACAAACGGGCAAAGUUUGAGCUGAGGAAGCCGCUUGUGCUGUGGUCUCUGAGCCUUGCAGUCUUCAGUAUAUUCGGUGCUCUUCGAACUGGUGCUUAUAUGGUGUACAUUUUGAUGACCAAAGGCUUGAAGCAGUCAGUUUGUGACCAGAGUUUUUACAAUGGACCUGUCAGCAAAUUUUGGGCGUAUGCAUUUGUAUUAAGCAAGGCACCUGAGCUUGGAGAUACAAUAUUCAUUAUUCUUCGAAAACAGAAACUCAUCUUCCUGCAUUGGUAUCACCAUAUCACUGUGCUGCUGUAUUCUUGGUACUCUUACAAGGACAUGGUUGCCGGAGGUGGUUGGUUCAUGACCAUGAACUAUGGAGUGCAUGCAGUAAUGUACUCCUACUACGCCUUGAGGGCGGCGGGCUUCCGGGUCUCGCGAAAGUUCGCCAUGUUCAUCACCUUGUCCCAGAUCACACAAAUGGUGAUGGGUUGUGUAAUUAACUAUCUAGUCUUCUCCUGGAUGCAGCAAGACCAGUGCCACUCUCACGUUCAGAACAUCAUCUUGUCCUCACUCAUGUACCUCAGCUACUUUGUGCUCUUCUGUCAUUUUUUCUUCGAGGCCUACAUCGGCAAAAUGAGGAAAAUCAGGAAGGCUGAAUAGUGUUGGAACUGAGAAGGAAGCCAUAGCUCAGGGUCACCAAGAAAAAAAAACUAGACAAAAGAAAAUGGCACAAGGAAUCAUAUAUAUGGUGCAGCUAAAAAUAAUAAUAAUAAUUAAAAACAAAACUUGGCAGCUUAGGGGUAACUAGGUUGAUCUAACCCAGUAAGUUUAUGAUCCUUUUAUGGUGAGGACUCACUGAGUUCAACUCCAUCUCAAAGGACUGCUGCUGAGACACCAUCCCUCUCGUACCUGUCAACUCUAGGAGAAAAAAUGAAAGAAAGAAAGAAAGAAAAGGCAAAUGAAGGUUAUUAACAAAUUUUAUGAAAAAAAAAUAUUUAAUAAGUGUCAUAUUUCCCUAAGGACAGAAGACUUUUACUAAAAACAAAACAAAACAAAAAAAGUAUUUCUAUAUGCUUUCUAAUCUUUUUCGACACUAAACUGGAGCCAACAAGAAAAAGACAAAAAUGGUGGAUGUGCAGGGGGUGUGCCUAUAGAACCAGCGCUUUGGCAGAAAUGGAAAACUUUCCCUGGGAAAGGCUGGCAGUGUUAGGCUAAAUACAAAAGGUAUCUAGAAGGUUUCUUUAAGUGGUCAUGAGCCAUGACUCGAUGAGUAAGAGAAAAGUUUGAUGUUUCCCACUGCAAUCUUGAAAUUGUGUGCAGCCCUUUGGCUAGUGAGUAUGCAAAAACCAGCCGGGGUGUGAUACUUUGACCAGGUUUUUAAAACGAGGAACAAAACAUGACUGCCUAGUUCCAAAUGAGAGAGAAUUUGUCCAAGUGCAUUUCCGAUGGAAGUCCAGUGAUUUCUAUUAUUGCAUAGGAUAAAAGAGAUUCAUCUUUGUUCUCUUACCUGAGACUUUUUUAAAAAGAACCUUGGGAGGGGAGGGGCAAAGGGACUUUAAAAAAAAAAAGAAGAAAAAGGCAAAACCACAACCAAAUAAUAUGAAAAUUAAUCCUACUGGCUAGAAAAUAUUCACUUCCACUGAGGGAGGGGCAGGAGAGAGGGAUCCUAGGAAAGAGGAAGACAAGCUAAAACAAGAUUCCAUAAAUACAGGCAAUAUGUAUAUUCCUCCCUAUAUAUUCACACAUACUCAUGCACACACAUACACGCACACACAGCUUUCAAUGUAAAAACCUGUGAUAUGGUACACAUUUUAUAUUUUUUGUGACUUUCAAGAAAAAUAAAUAACUGCAGAACUCCAUGCAGUAUUGAGUUAACACUGUGUUUCUGCACCUGCCACACCUGCUUUUCCAGCAGUGUAGAGGUGUUUAAAGUGCCCUCUUCUGGUCAAGUGGAGCAAAUACAAGGGAACGCAUUUGGCCAUGACAGUUGAAAAUCCAAGGCCCUUCAAGUUUUGAAACCCAUUUAAAAAAAAAAAUUGGCCCAUUGACCCCGUACAAGUUAGCUUCAGAAGUCAAACAAGGUCAUUCACUCUGGAUCAGAACUGAUCAGAGAAUCCGUUCUUAAGAGCCAUAUUCUUUAAAGGCAAAGUUAGAUUACAUUCUCUGUAAUAUUUCAGUCCUUUACAAGCCAAAUAAAUGUGUACGAGUUCUUAGUAUUUCAAAGAAGCAAUCAUGUAAAGUCAUUGUUUCAUGUGAUGCCAUAGUACUCAAACUGUAUCCGUCAAGUAGCUUAAAAAUUAGAAGAACUAGAUAAACAGGUUAGGGGCUUCUAAUCUCCAUAGACUAUAUACAUCUGACCACACGCAUAUGCACACCGUGUGGGUUACACAGAACUGAACUGCAAAGCCCAACCGAGUAGACACACAUUUUUCUGGCUGUUAGAAAAGAUUGUCAUUUAUCUUUCUUGCUUUAUUUGACAAUGUACAGUACAAGGGAUUUUUUCAAAUUAUUUUUGUAUUAUUUUAGCUUUAAUUGUGCUGUCAUUCAUGGAAUGGAGCUGCUCUGGUUUUCUGGUCAAAGAUGACAAGGGCUUUUUGUGUGUGUGGAAUUUAAAAAAAAAAGAAUAAAGUUACAUUCCAUUCGGUGUGAAUGGUUUUUACCAAUUAGCAAGGAGUCAAAGUUAUAAGAAUAUGGGGCUAGGGAGUGUUACCUUGUGUAAAAUUAUUCUGAGUAUUUUAUGAUGUUUCAGCAUCAUUGGCACAUGUAAAAAAACAAUAGCUAGAUGAAUGUGAUGUUUGUUUACAAUGCAACUACCAUGAGCCGAAAUGAUAGAAUUGUAAUGGGAAAAAAAAUAGAUUUUUAUAAAAUGUGUGAGCAGUGUUAUCUUCAGCUUUGGGAGUUAUUAAACAUUGUGCAAUAAGCCUUCCCCCCAAAAAAAAAAGUCAACAAUAACUUAGUAUAGGCAAAUUAAUGAAAAGAAGGGUGUGUAGGCGAAAGGGUACAAAAUGAAAGCUGAUUUUGCUUUCAUUGAAGGACUGAUGAGCAGUUUGCUGUCAAAACAUAUGCUUAAUUCCAUGUCUUAUAUCACUAAUGAUUUGAUCCUAGGUCAAAAUCAGUGAAAGAUUAGGAGGUUUCCAGGCUGGCAUUUCCUAGAAAGAUUAGGAGGUUUCCAGGCUGGCUUUUCCUAGAGUGUGGAGUAGCAUUCAUAUUCAUUUGAAGUUAUUUUGAAUUCUUUUUUUUAUUGUUCCAUGUUCAACAAAUAAUUUUUAAAUGGGCUACAUAUCUUGAAGUGGAUCACCGAUAUUUAGCAUCAAAAACAACCCACUUCCUUUUUACUCAGAUUCUAAUACUGCAGGUUCCAUCAUUUCAUGUGGUAGUACAAUAUUUUACAAUGUUGUUAACUGGAUUAUACAAUCCAUAGGAAAAUCCCCCAAACCUACCAGAGAAUUGACUGCCAUCUUAAUAAUUCUGCUCUAAGUUGACAUUCCAGAAAGCCUUGGGCAGGCAUGUUUUUGUAGAUGCCCCACUAUGCUGCAAUAGAUUCUCUUUCUAUUGAAGUUUUUUCAUUGCAUUCUAGUCUGAUAACCCAGUAUGAAGAAAGCAUCCGCAAAGAAAGAGACACAGAGUACUAUCCCAGGAAAACCCAGUGUUCCAAUUGCUGAACAUCGUCUGAAGUCAACAAGGCCACAGAAAAAGUUUCCACUGAAUUAUUUGUUCUCUAACAGAGUAGAGAAAGAUGGCACCUCCUACAGAUGUUUGCUUCCAAUGUCAAGUCAGUAGCAACAACAUCACACAGAAUUGAGCUAGUUAUUCUGAUAAUUCUGUUGCCUUAUCUAGAUAUUUGGGGGGAGAAUUCCCUUUUCCCUCCCUCUAGAGGGAGGAGGAAUGGGGAGGGAAAAGGAAUGAAAGAUCAGAAUUAUCUAGAUAUCUCAAUUCUCCACUUCACUUAGGAUAGACUUUGACCAAGAGUCAGAUACUUCAUUAGAGGAGAGUCUCCUGGGAUCGAACGUAAAAUUGACUAUUUUCCUAGGAGAGCAUUUUCAGGGAGUGAACCAAUAGAGUUUCACUAAGAAACUAGAUGGAUCUCUGUGACAAAAUAAAACCGUAUUUAUUACAUGAGGGGAGCGAAGGUACUGGAAGAGUCACUCACACUGUAGAAGAAACAAUCUCACAGGCUGAUCCUUUGUCCCAGGCUACUAAAUUAACAAGAUAAAAUUAACAAGAUAAAAGCCAGUGGACGGAGGGCUAUGUACUUAUCUCCUUCUGGCCAGAGACCAGAGGUAUAUCACAAGUCAGCCACAAAGUAAAUGUAAGCAUUCUUUUCCCAUCCAAUUAACCAGUUUACUUCUAGAGAAUUGGUUGGCUCAUUUGUGAGGUGAUCCUUAUCAGCCAUUCAUUCACUUGGCUGAAAAGAGUAAAUAAUGCCAGAGCUGUAGAGACAUGACCCAGGUCUGCCUUUCUACCUUGAGAGCCUUCUUCCUGUGGAAUGGAGAUGCUGGGACACCAUCUCACUGAAAAGAUCUCGACCUUGAUGAGAAUUCUUACGUCAGAAUGCCUUGAUGACAAUGCAUAGCUUUUCAGUGAGGGGGGAGAAAUGACUUCUCAGCUUUCUUUCUGUUUGUGAUGCUGAAUAUGAUUGUCAUUCUGGACCAAAAGGUACUGCCUGCAUUAAUGCUGUGAGCCAGUUACUGUCUACAGCCUAGAGGCCAUCCGUCUGCUCUUUAGAGUGUAUGUUGCUGUCCAACUUGUACUUCAGGCCAAAAUAUCCAUUUAAAAGCAAGACCAGUUAAGAACUGCUGGUUCUGGACUUCCCCACGUAUAGGAACCUAAGUGAGGAUAAGGGCUGAGAAUGUGAACGAAGUUCUUUAUAUAUGGCAGACAAUUGACACUGGGUAACAUAGGCCACAGGUAGUUGAGUCAGCAGUCUUUCUAAAUGGAGGCCAGUGACUCUAAGGAAAUGGCAGCAUCGAAGCAGACAAAAUGCUUUUUUUUCAAGUCAUUAUUUGAGAUACCACUUGGAACAUACUCCAGAUGAUGAGUGCACUUGGGGCAUAAGGUAGAACUCAUAGGUCAGAUGGCAAGAUGAUGUGCAUCCAUACAAAGGCUGGUGAGGAACCUCAAGCCCCAUGUGAUUUCACCAUGCUGCUUUCCUCUUAUCCAUAUGCCUUUCAAUGGUCAAGGUUUGUGGAGAAGAAUAAAAAAACAGAUUCUGGGUUUCUUGUUUCUCAUUUCUCCCUGUCAUGUUCAUUAAUGGGAUGGCAUAAUUAGACCAUGUAUUCUCCAAUCAAAGAAAGCCAAGUAGAUACAAUGGAAACACAUUUGUAGUGUGGGGGGGGGGGGAGGCAU